AUCAAUCCACCAUUUUCCAACACACAGCGGCGGCAGUGCUAACACAGCUCCGGCAGCGCGAGAGAGAGAAGAGAGAGCCACCCCUCUUACCUGGAGAGGAAGCCAGGGACCGGGGCAGUCAUGGCAGCGAACAUGUACCGGGUUGGAGAUUAUGUUUAUUUUGAGAACUCGUCCAGUAACCCACUGCUGAUCAGGAGGAUAGAGGAGUUGAACAAGACAGCCAAUGGGAACGUGGAGGCCAAAGUGGUGUGUUUUUACCGGCGCAGGGACAUCUCCAGCACACUCAUCGCCCUGGCAGACAAACAUGCAAGAGAGCUGGAGGAGGAGAUGGAGAAUCCAGAGAUGGCAGACCUCCCUGAGAAACAGAAACACCAGCUCAGGCACAGAGAGCUCUUCCUGUCCCGACAACUGGAGUCUUUACCUGCCACACACAUCAGGGGGAAGUGCUGCGUGACGCUGCUGAACGAGACAGAAGCCCUGAAGUCGUACCUGGACAGAGAGGAUGCCUUCUUCUACUCGCUGGUGUACGACCCUCAGCAGAAGACUCUGCUGGCUGAUAAGGGGGAGAUCCGAGUCGGGAACAAGUUUCAGGCCGACAUCACUGACCUCCUGAAUGAAGGUGAGAAUGAUGAGCGAGACCUGGAGAAACUCGAGGAGAAGAUCUGGGACCCGAAUAGUUUACUGACGGAGAAACAGAUUGACCAAUUCUUAGUGGUCGCACGGUCGGUAGGUACGUUCGCCAGAGCCUUGGACUGCAGUAGUUCUGUCCGGCAGCCCAGCCUUCACAUGAGCGCUGCUGCAGCCUCCAGAGACAUCACCUUGUUUCACGCCAUGGACACUCUCCAUGCCACGGGUUACGACAUGACUCGAGCCAUCGCCGCGCUGGUGCCUCAGGGUGGGCCCGUCCUCUGCAGGGAUGAGAUGGAGGAGUGGAGCGCCUCCGAGGCCAACCUGUUCGAGGAGGCGCUUGAAAAAUACGGCAAAGACUUCACCGAUAUCCAACAGGAUUUUCUGCCCUGGAAGUCCCUGACGAGUAUUAUUGAGUAUUACUACAUGUGGAAGACCACAGACAGAUAUGUACAACAGAAACGAUUAAAAGCAGCCGAGGCAGAGAGCAAGUUGAAGCAGGUCUACAUCCCUAACUAUAACAAGCCAAACCCUAACCAGCUCAGUAACAAUGUAAAACCAGCUCUGGUGAAUGGAGCAGGGGUCCAAGGGGUCCAAGGGGUACCAGGAAUUCCAGGAGUACCGGGAGUCCAAGGAGUACCAGUAGUCCAAGGAGUCCCAGGAGUCCCAGGCGUUCCAGGCUCAGGGCAGAUCCCCGGCCUGGGUAGAGCCUGCGAGAGCUGCUACACCAGCAGCUCCUACCAGUGGUACUCGUGGGGACCCCCCAACAUGCAGUGUCGUCUCUGUGCAUCAUGCUGGACCUACUGGAAAAAGUACGGAGGGCUGAAGAUGCCAACAAGACUGGACGGAGAGAGGCCUGGACCCAACCGCAACAUGAGCCCCCACGGCCUGCCCCUGAGGCACAGCGGCAGCCCAAAGUUUGCGGUGAAGACGCGACAGGCUUUCUACCUGCAGACCACCGUCCUGACGCGGAUGGCACGUCGCAUCUGCCAGGACGUCAUCAGGCCGCGAUACCUGGCCAGGCACCCCUACCUCCCUGUGAACACAGCAGCCAUAAAGGCAGAAUGUGCCCUCCGGUUGCCAGAUGGGCCAAAAAAACCUGUGCCCCUGAAACCUGUGGAACGCAAACCUCUGGAGUCUGUGGUUCGGUAUUUAGAAGCACAUCCCCGUCCAGCCAAACCCGACCCUCCUCCCCGUGGAGCGUCCAUCUCUACAGGCAGCCUGACGCCCAUAAAGUCCACCCCCAUCCUAAACAACGGCUCCCCCACCAUCCUGGGCAAACGAUCCUAUGAGCAGCACAAUGGACUGGAUGGCUCUAAAUCCAAAGGCCUGACUCCACAGUGGGACAUCAUGGCCAAACGGAUGAGCGAUUCCGCGCGGCCCUCAGUCUCUCUGCAGGACGAGGUUCAUGAACUGGACUGAUCGCUCUGUGGGAACGACCUUUACUUCACACCCAAGUGAGCAGAUGGGAACAUGAAAUGGAAGGGCGUUUUUCCAGUGAACUAUAGCCGAGUGCAGCUGAGGGAUGUUGAAUCUAAAAGGAGACGACGGCGUGGCCACCUUUCUUCAGUCAGUACGGGUCUGUCACACUGCUGAAGACCAAUCGAUAAUCGAUCAGUUUGGCUGCGGUCAAUCAGAAGAGGAGCCUGACUGUACAGGACUGUGUUUAUUACUUACAUUUUCUCGUUAUAACUGUCAUUGUAAUUAUUGUUAUUCUGAUUUUUUUUUUUUUUUUUUUUUUUUUUUUUUACCAACUAUAACUCAGCUUAUUGUUUGUCAAUCAAACGAUGGAACUUGUGAAGUUUCAUGAAUAAUGCUUGCAGAGCCCUGUGGAAAAGGGUAAGAAGGACUGUAACAUAAGCCACUCGCAUCUUCUAUGUUUGUUUAAUGUUUGUUAAAAAAAAAAAAAGUUAAAUUCAACGAGGAGACGCACUUUGAUUUCAGCGACCUGAGUUCACUCCUUGUCUUUUGUUUCAAUGAAUUUGAAUGCUUUAUGGGAAAUCUUCUGUUUUGUGAGCCGGCCUUCUCUUGGGCCAGAGAGGUUUAACUUAUUGAGAAAGACUUGCUGUUUUUUCUACCUUUUUCACAAGUAAUGCAUCUAUGCUUAGAUAAUGUAAUUAAAAAAGAUAAUUGAUUUUCCCUCUUCUUUCGGUGUCUGUGCACAGACGUGUCCAAACUCACACAGGUAUGCAAACUGAUGAUAUGCAAAAAAGAAAAAACCCAGAUGAUUCCAAAUUGUUUUCUGUUUUGUUCCCUAAAAGUGACCAUUAUUAGAACAUUGAAAUGCUCAAACAUCGCCAUGUUUUGUAAGCGAAGGUUAAGAAUAACAACCUAGAAGCAGGACUGUGUUCUGCUUUCAUAAA